AUGGGUUCCAUCAACUGGGGGGAAUUAUUCCCGGGAAGAUGGAGUCCUGUCAUUUUUAUUUCGUACAUGGCCCUUUUUGUAAAUCAAGGUAUUAUUGUAACUUGGUCUCAAAGAGAUGGACACUACGAAUAUAACAUUGUUAUGGUAGUAUUAAUGACAGAGGUGUUAAAACUGCUUGCCUCAAUUAUUUUGUAUUGCAAAGACAAUAGUGUCUCAAGUCUCAUUCAAGAAGUAACUAGAAAUAAAAAAGUGUUACUUCUGUACACAAUACCUUCAUUUUUAUAUUGUCUGUACAAUAAUUUGGCAUUUAUCAACUUGGCUGCAUUUGAUCCAACAACUUAUUAUGUUUUAUUGCAACUUCGUGUUGUUAUGACUGGAAUUAUUUUCCAAGUCGUUUUUGAUAAGAAAUUGUCACUUAAGCAAUGGUUUUCAUUAGUAUUGUUAACUAUUGGAUGUAUGGUGAAACAUUUAGAGUUGGACUUAAAUGUCAAUAUAUUUAAGGCCAAAGUUAACUUAAAUAGUAAUAUAAUUUUAAUAUUUGUACAGACUAUUUGUUCUUGCCUAGCUGGAGUAUACAAUGAAUAUUUACUUAAAGAACAGGGAGCAAGCAUCAAUAUUUUUGUACAGAAUGUAUUUAUGUAUGUUGACAGUAUAUUUUGCAAUUUUUCAGUUUUUGUAUUACUUUACAUUUUUGAAAAUAGCACAUCUAAUAUAUUUAAAGACGCCAGUCCUAGUAUACUUUUACAACCAAAGGUUAUUUUAAUUAUGUUAAAUAAUACAGCAAUCGGAAUAAUAACAAGUUUGUUUCUAAAGAAUUUAAAUUCAAUUUUAAAAACGUUUGCUAGCGCAUUAGAAUUACUAUUUACAGCAGUCCUGUGUUGGUUAAUAUUCAGUAUUCCUAUUCAUUUAAAUACUGUAGUUUCGAUUGCUAUGGUGAGUUAUGCAGUGAUAUUAUAUUCGCAACAUCCAGUACAAAAUGUUAAAACGAAAGAAAGAACAAAGGCUGAUAGUAUAGUUUAAUGAAAUUAAUUAAGUAAA